AUGGCGGCUAUUGCUAGUCUUCAAGCGAUUCACCUCAACUUUAGUCGACGUGGCGGCAUCACUCGAUGUGGGAUUGCGGAACCAAACGGAGAGCCAGCUCCGAUGGGACAGAAGACAAGAUACGACGACGGAUUAGCGGCGAGAGUGUUCAUGGGACUGUUCGCGAGGAAGAUGGACAAGUUCGGAGGAGUCUCAACAAAGAAGAAGAACGAGAGUAAAGAAAAAGGGUUUUGGGAUUACGACUACGAGAGCUUCGUGGAGGUGUCAAAGAGAGUGAUGCAAGGACGGUCAAGAUCGCAGCAGCAGGAAGCAGUGAGGGAAGUUCUUCUCUCUAUGCUUCCACCUGGAGCUCCUGAACAGUUUCGGAAACUGUUCCCGCCGACGAAAUGGGCGGCGGAGUUUAACGCGGCUCUCACUGUGCCUUUCUUUCAUUGGUUGGUUGGUCCGUCUGAGGUCAUUGAAGUUGAAGUGAAUGGUGUCAAACAGAGAAGUGGCGUUCGUAUCAAGAAAUGCAGGUAUUUGGAGAACAGUGGUUGUGUAGGAAUGUGUGUGAAUAUGUGCAAGAUCCCAACUCAAGAUUUCUUCACCAAUGAGUUUGGUCUCCCACUUACCAUGAAUCCAAAUUUUGAAGAUAUGAGUUGUGAGAUGAUAUACGGACAAGCUCCUCCGGCUUUUGAGGAUGAUCCAGCCACAAAACAACCUUGUCUAGCAGACAUAUGUUCUAUGUCAAAUCCAAGCUCCCCAAUCUGUCCUAAACUACAGGCAUGA